AUGGUGGAGCUGGAAGACAUCCAUGACGCACAGAACCGCAUUGCGGACUUUGUUCGGCCGACGCCCUUGCGCAAGUCGCAUGGACUGUCGAGGGAAUUGUACGCCCCGAUCUGGCUCAAGAUGGAAACGAUGCACGACACGGGCGCAUUCAAACUGCGCGGUGCGGCAAACAGGCUGCUCACGCUGGAUGGCCAACAGAAAUCGCGCGGUGUCAUCACCGUUUCGAGCGGCAAUCACGGUCGGGCCGUCGCCUACAUGUCCAGGCUAUUGAACAUUCGCGCUGUUGUUUGCGUCACCAACAUCGUUCCACCGGAAAAAGUAAAGGGACUUCACGACUUCGGAGCCGAGGUGAUCGUGUGCGGCGAGAACCAGGAUGAAGCGGAUGCUGAAGCGCGUCGCAUGGCGGAUCGGGACAAUCUCGUCUUCAUCUCUCCGUUCGACGAUCCGCAUGUGAUAGCUGGCCAGGGAACGAUCGGCCUGGAACUGCUGGCAGACCGGCCUGAUCUUGAAAUCGUCUUCAUUCAGCUCAGCGGCGGCGGCUUGAUGUCCGGUGUGGCCAAAGCACUCAAAAGCCUGAAACCGGAAAUCAGAAUUGUCGGUGUUUCCCUGGAACACGGUGCGGCGAUGAUGGAGAGCAUCAAGGCGGGCCGGAUUGUCGAAGUCGAUGAGAAACCGUCAAUAGCCGAUGCUCUUCCCGGCCCGAUUCCGACCGAUAAUCAAUACACAUUUUCCAUGUGCCGCGAACUCGUUGACGAAUUUGUACAAGUCCGGGAACGAGAGAUCGUGGACGCAAUGAGAUACGCGCUUACGCAUGAGAAGUGCCUGAUUGAAGGUGGGGCCGCGGCCGGGAUCGCUGCCCUUCGCAAGUGCGCCGACACGCUCGAUGGCAGAACGGCAGCAACGCUGUUGACCGGUAACAACAUCAGCCUGGACCGGGCCCUCAAGGCCAUGGACCUCGACCCGGAGUCAGAGCCUGAGCCUGCCUGCUGA